GGAUGGAGAAAGCCGCCCCGGCCCGGGCCUGGGGGUCAGGGAGCCCCGCUCAGCUCUCGCCACCCGCCUUGCAGCCCCGCUCGGAGGAAUCUUAGUUCUGGCCCGGACCGCCGGAGUCAGCAGCUGGUAACUUUAAACUCUCAGCACACGUUGCUUUGUGAUGCUUCUCGAAUUGUAGGAUUUCAGGCGAAACCUCCACGAAACGACAAGUGUUCCGCGUCCUCCCUACGGUUGCUUGCGGAGAAGGCUUGGAGAAUGUAGGGGAAGGGGAAAUUUUGUGUCCCAGGCAUGAAAUGUCGGCACUUAAUUCAUGUGGGUCACCCCACAGCAUUCUCUGUCCACAGUCUUCUCCCAGUUUGGCCUUCUGUACUCAGUCCGAGUCUUCCCAAACGCUGCGGUGGCCUGCCCUGGUUUCUAUGCCAUCGUCAAGUUUUAUUCAGCGAGGGAUGCCCGCAGAGCCCAAAAGGCAUGCGACCAGAAGCCGCUUUUUCAGACCUCGCCAGUGAAGGUUCUUCUCAGCACCAGACAUAAGGCAUUUCAUCAUCAGACCCGUCCCUUAAACAGCUCCCAAUGCCAAGAAUUGGCAAAUUACUACUUUGGUUUCAAUGGAUGGUCAAAAAGGAUCAUCAAGCUUCAGGAUCUUUCUGACCUGAACGAAAGGGAAAAUGAAGACACUGUGGCAUCACUUCAAAAGCCAAGCCUGAAAUUCUUCUGUGCUCUAGAGGUGGUGCUGCCACCCUAUGGGUGCAGGAGUCCUGGAGUCGGCUUAGCCGAGGGGCCUCUGGACACCGUGGAGGAAGGGCCGUUGUCAUUACUUUUGAAAAGGAAGACAACCCAGAAACUUGCUAUUCAGAAGGCUGUGUCAGAUGCAUUUCAAAAACUGUUGAUUGUGGUUUUAGGUCAACUACUUGUCUUGGAAGCAGUAUGGCCAAGGAGAAGAAGAAUGUCUCUCAGAUUUCAGCUUUGACGAGGAAGAGUUCGGAUUGCCAGAACUGGACCAGCACUUUUGAAUUUCCCAGGAUGCCUGACUAUAUGGCUCUCUUGGGAAGCUCUGUGCCUCCCACCCCCCACUCUCACGUCCUUUAAUCUCCCACCCACCCACUCCCAAGCUGUUGGAGUCCCGGGCCACCCACGUAUGCAGUCUAAAUCCUGCCUCUAUGAAGGGGAAAAGAAGACCCUGCUGGAAGUAGGUGUGUUCUUGGCAGGGCGAAGGAAGGCUCGUGCUUUGGUGAUUCUGGAAAAAGGGCUCGCUCUGGGGGCACAGAACUUAUCUUGGCCCGAGACUAA